UUUCAUUCAGAUAAUAUUUAGAUAGUUGGGGAGUCGGGGGAGAUGAUAACAGGAUUUCGACUGAACUUGGCGCCUCUCAAGGAACCGCUGGGAUUCAUCAAAUUUAUAGAAUGGGCUGCAGGCAAGACAGGCAGCAACCAGACAGGCAGCAACACCCCAGUCACCCAAGUCAUCUGACCAUAGCAGGCUGUUGUCUCUGUCUGUGCAUUUGCAGUGCUCACUAGAUGUUAAUUGCUGUGAAAUGGCACAAGUUGCUGCAAUGAGGUCGUCAGCCAACAGGAAGUUGCCACACUGUGAAAUGAAAACAUCUGGAGAAGGGUGAGAAAGAAGGGCCUCUCCGGAAGCAAAAUGGAGGCACAGUCACGAAGUAGCAUUACGUUUCCCCCUAGACACUGAUCUAAUAGCCUACAUCGAGAGAGAGCGAGAGCAUCAACAGAGAACCACAUGGAUUGCAGCAGAGAGAACGAGAAGAGGAUCAAAACAGAUCUUUAUCUGACAGCAAUCUUUGCAUUUGGGAGCUGUGGGGGGUAUUCUGGAAGGACUAUCGUGUCACUCUUCUGCAGCGAAGGAAGGAACGAGACACUGAAUGCUACUUUUAGCUAUCCCUUCAGGUUAAACCUGGUUGCUCUAGUGGAGAGCAACACCACUCUGUGUAACCACUCUGUGCCCGUCACCCACCUGGUGGGAGACUCCGCCUCCUCGGCCCAGUUCUUUGUGGGCGUGGCCAUCAUCUGCUUCCUGUACUCUAUAGUGGCGUUGCUCGUCUACCUGGGCUACAUGCACGUGUACAAGGACUCUGACUUCGGCCCUAUGUUUGAUUUUGGUCUGACGGCAGCGAUUGCCUUCCUGUGGCUAGUGUGUUCCUCAGCAUGGGCCAAGGGGCUGCAGAACGUGAAGGAUGCCACCGGGACGGCGGACAUCACCUCCACACUGGCACUCUGCAAGGAGAGCGACGUGUCCUGCGAGGUCACUGAUUUCGCCAACAUGCGCACCCUCAAUGUCUCUGUGGUGUUUGGGUACCUGAAUCUGAUCGUGUGGGCUGGGAACGCCUGGAUUGUGUACAAGGAGACCCGCUGCCACUCUCAGAAGUACACUGCACGGCAGGGGGCUGGGGCCGGGCGUGGUCAACAAGUCCCUGCUGCUAUCUAAUACUCUACUCCACUUCCAAUGGCCAAAAUAGCCCCUACACACCCGUAGAUCUGAGAGGAUUGGAUAGAUACACUAUAAGUUUUAUGGUAAUAGGCAGCUUCAUCUUGCCUGCUGAUUGUCUGGGUGGAAACGGCCAUAUUUUUACUGUGCCUUAGUUAUCAAUAUCUAUGCUUUGUCGAAUAUAUCUGUGCCUUCAAUACCUGUCCCAAUUUUGGGCCAUGCCUUUCUGUGCCUUAGCAUGCUAAUGCUUUCUCUCCUGGUGCCUUCUUUAACUUCUAAACCGGUGCCUUCUCUUACCAGUAAACCCCACGAACCCCUGGUAUUUUCCCCUAAGCUGUGGUACAGACUCAUUGACAGCAUUUGUGCACUUUGACCGGCAACUACAGUGUCUUUGUUCUGGGCAUUUCUACCAAACCCUAACCUGGGAUAAUUCAGAUUCUUAAACAAUGUGUCCUUUCACCUCAUGGCCUUGAAGGAAUCCUGAUCUGUCCUCACUUGCCUCUUUUUGCCAAGUGUGGCAGUCUUGCCCCAACCUGGGCUCGAACCAGGGACCCUCUGAACACAUCAACAACUGCCUCCCACGAAGCAUCAUUAUCUAUCGCUCCACAGCUACUUCAAGGUCCCAGAGCGAGUGACGUCACCAGUUGAAACUCUACUAGCGCGCACCACUAACUAGCUAGCCAUUUCACACCGUUUACACAAGGAUGCAUCUGUCUCUGACUGUACCACUGGCCAUAUGCUUUCUUAAAUUUUAUAUAUAUAUACAUUUGAAUGUUUGUUUCACUUGAAAAUACUUGAUCUUGUAUCUUUCAAUACCAUCUUCUGUUGCGAAGACUGAUUUUUUAAAAUGAUGUUCUUUCGUCUGCCAUGGUUUCUGAUCUAUUUUCUGUUAUUACCUUUGAUCUAAUAAAAGUGUAACUUGAAGUGCUUGUGUAUGGAAGACCAAUGUUGAGUGUGUGCAUGUGUGUUUGUAAUGUCUGGUAUCCUGGUUAUGCCUCUGUCUUCCUCUUGUAGUCAUCAGACCAACUUUAGCUUCAUGGAGGAUCUGUAUGUAUCUGCCCUGUUGUGGAGAGAGACGGAGCUGUCCUUUCCACAACAUGCGAAUUAUGAAUGUCUACUUUCUUUUGGAAUAAAAAACAAUGCAUUUCC